GAGAGGAGCCGCAGGAUGAACACAUCGCAGGCGAAGGAUUACCUGUCGGAGCGGCACAUCCCCCGGCUGUUCGAGAGCCUGCUUACAGGCCUUAUGUACUAUCGACCCGAAGACCCCAUUAAUUACCUAGAGUUGUGUCUGCAAAAGGUUCGAGAUUUAGGAGGACCCGAAAAGGUGCAGUGGGACACAUUCCUGAGUCGCACAUUACCUCCGAUCAAUGGAGGCCAGGGAAAGAAGAACACACACAAAUCCGAGGGAUCCCAACAUAUGCGCCGCUAUGAGUGUCUUCCCCCCAUCCAAUCUCAAUUCUCCAUCGACAGUGAUUCGGAUAUGACCGAAUCUUCUGGGCUUAUUCAGGAAUAUGACGUGUUCGAUCCAAACAGGGCGAGGCCCAAAAUCAUUUUUGUCAUUGGUGGUCCAGGCAGUGGUAAGGGGACUCAGAGUACAAAGAUGGCGUCUCAUUUUGGCUUUGUCUGCAUAUCCGUGGGUGAUAUUCUACGUAAGCAGCUUAUUCACCACGCCAGCAGUGACCGCAAGUGGGAGCUGAUAGCUCAGAUCAUUUCUAAGGGGGAGCUUGCCCCUCAGGAAACAACAAUUGAGGAGCUGAAACAGCAAUUCAUCAAUCAGCGGGAUUCCUGUGGAUUUGUAGUUGAUGGGUUCCCCAGGGACAUUGGGCAGGCCUUCACAUUUGAGGAACAGAUUGGCACUCCAGACCUGGUGAUCUUCUUGGCAUGUUCCAGCCAGCGGCUACGACAGCGCUUAGAGAAGCGUUCUGCACAGCAGGGGCGACCGGAUGAUAACGCUCACGCCAUAGACAAACGAUUGGAGAAUUUUAAGCAGAACCUGCCACUGAUUGUCAAAUAUUACCAGGAUAAAGGGCUGAUAGCCAGGUUUGAUGCAGACAGAGAGGAGGACUGUAUCUUUGAAGACAUUUGUUGUGCUGUACAAGGACUUCUUUUCCCCGAUGGUCUUGGAGUCGAAGAAUUCUGCCCCCAGAAUUUCCGCGCCUCUUUUUCAGAUGAGCCCAUAACACCAAAGGAGUUGGAACCUAAGGAACAGGCAGAAGUCCCCUUCAGCCCAGAACCCACAGAAAUGGCAGAUAAACUUAAGAACAGCAAGAUCAUCUUUGUGGUUGGAGGACCAGGCUCCGGUAAGGGCACCCAGUGUGAGAAGAUUGUACAGAAAUAUGGCUACACCCAUCUAUCUUCUGGAGACUUGCUGAGGGCGGAGGUGGCCUCUGGAUCUGAGCGAGGGAAGACUCUCUCCGCCAUCAUGGAGAGAGGAGAACUCGUGCCUUUGGACACCGUUCUGGAUAUGUUGAAAGACGCCAUGAUCGCCAAAGCUGACACCUCUAAAGGAUACCUUAUUGAUGGCUACCCUCGCGAGGUCAAACAAGGAGAGGAGUUCGAGAAGAAGAUUGGUGCACCUUCACUGCUUCUGUACAUUGAUGCCGGUGCAGACACAAUGGUGAAACGGUUACUGAAGCGCGGAGAGACAAGUGGCCGGGUAGAUGACAACGAAGAGACCAUCAAGAAGAGACUGGACACAUAUUACAAAGCCACAGAGCCAGUCAUUGCUCUGUAUGAAAAGAGAGGCAUUGUACGAAAGAUCCACGCAGAGGGAACAGUAGAUGAGGUCUUCAAACAAGUCAGCACAGCCGUUGACGCCUUGAAAUAAACAGAAAAACCGAACAAAAAAAUGCCUUAUUUUUCUGUGUAAACAACAUGCUCCAGCCUUAUCCUCCGACCCACCCCCUCCCCCAAAAAUAAUACAGCACAUAUUUAAAAAAUUUGAAUAAGAAACUCGACCCGAGUGUCAUUCUGUCUGCCUGUGAUCACACCAUACCGUCUAGAGACUUAAAGGAAUUUGCCCUUUUCCCCGUAGGAAGGUGCGUUCUUCAACCCUGAACCCUUCUGUCUCUCCUCAGAAUGUUGAUAUCCUCACUCUCUUCCUGUUUUCUUGAACAGUAAACCAUUCUAAGGAAACACG